GCAGCAUGGGACGUUGAAGGCUUGAAGCUCUUCAGUCGCAGAUCCAGAGACUAGCUUCCCAAAUUGAUCAAAGUUGUGUGUACCGCCGACACACUGUCCCCUGUCAGUCCCUUUUCUCCCUCUGGCUGCUGUGUGCUCCGUCGUUAGGUUCAUGACGGUGGCUGACGGUGACACUUUAGCGCUCAUUAUGCCUGUGCGAGCAGAGAGCUGCUGUACUGCCGGCCUGGCCUGCUCAUCCUCGGCCUCUCUUGUUCCCCCUGCCCCGAUCAACACGUACCAGCCGGGGGUGGCCACUUCGCUGCUGUACAGCGGCUCAGAGUUUCGGGGUUACCAGAAGAGCAAAGGCAACUCCUACGACGUCGAGGUUGUUCUGCAGCAUGUGACUAUGGAGGACUCCUAUUUGUGUGGAUACCUGAAGAUCAAAGGGCUGACGGAGGAGUAUCCCACCCUCACAACAUUUUUUGCCGGGGAAAUAAUCAGCCGAAAAAGGCCUUUUUUAACCAGAAAAUGGGACGCAGAUGAAGAUGUGGACAGGAAGCACUGGGGCAAGUUCAAGCCUUUUUACAAGUAUGCCAAAAGCUUCAACUCCGAUGACUUUGAUUAUGAAGCACUGGACAGCAGCGAUUACGUCUUCAUGAGGUGGAAGGAACAGUUUCUAGUUCCAGACCACACCAUCAAAGACAUCAGCGGCGCCUCUUUUGCUGGCUUCUAUUAUAUUUGCUUCCAGAAGUCCACAGCAACUAUUGAGGGCUACUAUUACCAUCGGAGCUCAGAAUGGUACCAGUCUCUAAACCUAAACCACGUCCGGGAGCACAGUAUUCCUAUUUAUGAGUUCCGGUGACAAACAUACACAAGAAAACGAGUAGAAGAAGGUCCUUACUGCUCUGUGGUUAAAUGGGAUGGGAACAACAGAGAGCCCUUUUAUUGCCAAGAUUGGAGCUGAUCCUGAUUCCUCGCUGCAGGAGACUCAAACUGUGAUCAGCCGCUCCUCUGAAGGACUGAAAGAAAGAAGGCACAGAGAGAGGGAAGAGCUGAUGGAAGUUACAGAUCAAUGACUGACAAUUUUACUGCGACUGUAAGACUGCUGUUUGCCUCGAAAUUUCAUUUUUUUAUUUCAUUUUUGACCCUUGCUUUUGACCUUUUUUUUAUUUCAAUUGCGUGCAACCAGACUGCUUUGUUCUCAGCUGUUGGAAAAGUUUUUCCUUCAGCGGAGACACUAAAUAUGAUCGCCUCUAAAGGUAAGAGUUGCAAAAGAAAAGGCUUUCAAGUUGAGAGAAGAGUUUUGUUCUGUAAAGCUUCAUUUUUGUCUUUUUUAAAUAAUGUAUAUGAUCCUUGUAAUCUCACUUUAAUGCCCCGUCGUGACUCCUGCAGAGAGUGAGAUGGUGGAGGGAUUGCCAAAACGUUGCAGAGGAAGUGACGAGGAUCUACUUUUUAUGCAAGGUCUGAAAGAUUGUAGGUUGUGGUUUUGGUCGCUCAGGGAUGGUAGAUCUAAAAAACCAGCUGCUGAUUGUGGGAUUUAGAGUUAGGAUAACAGCGAUGAACAUGUUAUUGAUAACCAAGAGCUGCUGCUUUUUUUCACAUUGGAUGUUUCUAUGCAAGCCAAAGGUCUCUAAUAGGUAGGAAAUCUAACUCCACUGCUUCUUUUAUUUCAGAUUAUUUGUCUUCCAAUAUCUUUUUUUUUUUUUUUAAAUCAAGAAUGAUCUUGAGAAGGAAAUGAAUGAGUACAUGCAGAUUCACGGGAAGACACGAGCAGAUUGAUUCAGUUUUUCCAGCCAGCAUUUUGAAGCUCAGAUAUGUGACAGCACAUUCAUUCACAUCAACAUUUCUCAGUCUGUCACGUAUGGUUAAUGUGGGGUAGACACUACAGUCUGCGGAUGUAAACAAACUCCUUUUCCAUCUGUGGAGGCUGAUAUGUGUAGCUCAAUGAGUCAGUUUGACUGCGUGUAGUUUGAAAAAACAUCAAAAGCUUCACCUUAAAUGCGUAUUAUCUGCUAAGUAAGCGCUACUCUUCUGUCCUUAAGUGGAAAAAAAGUUGUGGAAAAAAGCACCUCAUGUGGCUAAUGGAGACGAGUCUGAAGUAUGAAAGAGUGAUGAAAAGAAUGAAAACCUCCUUCGAUGCUUUAGAAGAAAAAAACCUUCUGCCUUACACUUUUAAAUGUUUAUAAAACAGUUUUAAAGAAAGUUAUGUUUGUGAUGUUUUAUUUCAGUAAGAAUAAGAAAGUAGGUUUCUGUGUUUGAGAGGAUUUGUGUGAAAACAGAAGGUGAACUUCUGUCUGUGGAAACGGGUGAUAUACGAGUUGUGUUUUGUUUUUCUGGAGAGUGCAUGUACUCCGCCUGCCUGCCUCGUUGUUGCCCGUAGACUUUCAGCCGACUCGCUCGCCUGCAGCAUGACUAAGUGGAUUUGAUGAGCUGUGGGGGAUUACUGACGGCAGUAAGAUUUUUUUAUUUCAGAGUUCAGUGUGGAUGAAGUCCGAAGACUUCCAAUAACUUCCUUUUCUUUUUUUUUUAUCACCUAUAUCAGAAAAAUGUGCAAUGUAAGAAACAGAAGUUUAUGUGGGAGUGUCGUUAAAGAAGAUGACGGACGAGAAAUCUGCUUUGAUUGCAUUUUGAGAGAAAGAAUAAAGAGUGCGAUAUUUUUACACA